UAAUGUUCCUUUCUAAAUAGCAUUUUAAUGCGAGUGACUUUACAGCCACAAAUUAAUGAUUCAUCACAUCUUUGUCAUGGGAAAACCGAGGCUGAGAUAAAAAGAGAAUUGGCCAAGAUGACAGAGUAAGUCACUUGCAAAGCAGGAAAAGCAUUCCUCGGUUCAGUGUCUGUGAUGCCUAUCGCACAAAGGCUUCUCCAAGACUGAAAGGCCAAACACAAAAAAAAAUGCUGCUGCUUUUUUUUUUUUUUGUCUGAGAUUGGAAGUGGUUUUAAAAUAAUUUUGAAGUUAUUUGAAGUAUAUCCUGGAGUUGAAAUUCUGCUCUCAGGCACAGCUUGAGAGGAAGGUUGUGCUGAAAUCAUUGCAAACCACUCCUGAGGCUCAUAAAAGCAUUCAGGCUGUAAGUGUGCAUUUUCUGAUUUACCACACGUUGGGACUUGCUGGCUAUUGACAGAAGCAAAGUAGCUUCAUGAGGAGGGGCAGAGCAAGCUGAAAAAGACAAACACAAAGAAUCUGGGAAGUAGGUUCAGGCUUUGCCUUGUGCUGCAGAUUCUUCAAUGAGAGAAAACUGAAGGCAAAGCUGUAGAAAGUGGCCUUCUGGAGCUGUUCAAGUGAAUAUCCCUGACCUGUUUUGGCCACAGCCAGGUUGGUUGAAUGGGAACAGUGUAAAACUGCCUCAGAGGCCAUACAGAAGUGCUCACACAGGGCAUUUUGCAUUGGUUCAGGAAAUUGUACUGCUCUUUGCGUUGUAAUUUUGUUACUUUCAGGAAGCAGGAUGGGAAAUGCAGGGGAAUCCUGGAGCAGGAGGAUGGAAAUGGGUCAAAAUGCCUCAGGGUUAGCUGAGGUAAAAAUAUUAUUUUCCAGCUCUCCUUGGGCGUGAUAGUUAGCACUAAAAAUAGCCAAGUUAAAAGCUUCUGGUUGGCACUUGGGGCUGACUGAGGCUGGAUUUAAUUAAUAGCCCUUGAGUAAAUUUAUCAUUAGUGCAUUAUGUGUCUGCAGAGCGCUCAUCUGUCUUUUGAGGAGGGGGAAUAUGCCUCAGGUGUCUUUGCUUGAACAGAACCUGACGGCCUAGCGGAUUGAUAGUGGCCAAGGAACCUUUCGCCCUGUGGUUGAUCAAGUUAAAUACCAGCUGGGUAAAUACGAGUGAGAUUUUCAUUAUCCAACAGCCCUCUGGGAGACAGGCUGAUAUUAGAGGUGAUUCUGUGAGGGCCGUGAGUUUGCAGGAUUACGGUGGGAAGCCGGGAACUAACGAGGUGCAGAGGCUGAACGGUCUGCCACCUGGAGCAGCAACCUUCCUCGGUCAGAUCUGAGGCUCUCUGGGGAGGCAGUGUGAUGAAAUGGAUCGGGCUGCUGCUGCUGCAGCUGCUGCUGCUGCUUUGCAGCCAGAUGGAGGCUCUCAUUUUGCAGUAUUGUUCAUCUCCUUCUUUCUUUUUUUUUUUUUGUUUGUUUAAAGAAAAAAUGCUGACUAAGAAAUGAGCCCUGUUAAUAUGCACUUCCUACCAGUCAGAUGAUUUUGGAAGAGAGGGAUUGCUGAGCUUACUUUUGGGGAUCACAAGGGGGAUAAACAAAUUUGCAGUUUACUUCCACAAAAUCCCAGAAGGCUGGGGUGGGAUGGGACCUCUGGAGGCCACCUGGCCCAGCUCCCUGCUCAAGCAAGGCCACCUAGCACAGGUUCCCCAAGGCACGUCCAGGCAGAUUUUGGAGAUCCUAGGAGGGAGACUGGGCAGCCUCUGCCAGUGCCCCAUCACCCACACAGCACAGAAGUGCUGCCUGGUGUUCAGAGGGAACCUUCUGUGUUCAGUUCAUGCCCACUGCCUCUUGUCCUGGCACUGGGCACCACCAAAAAAGAGCCUGUCUUCAUCUUCUUUGCAAAAUCCUUUCAGGUAUUUAUAAACAUUGAUGAGAUCCCCCCUGAGCUGCCUUUUCUCCAGCCUGAACAGUCCCAGCUCCCUGAGAGGAGAGGAGAGGUGCUUGGGUCCUUUCAUCACUUGGUAGCCCCACACUGGACUCUCCCCAGUACGUCCAGGUCUCUCUUGUACUGGGGGGUCCAGAACUGGACAGAAUAUUUCAGGUACAGCCUCACCAGCUUUCAUUCAUGCUGUUUGCCUGCCUGGUUGCCAGUUUUCUGCUGCCACAGAAGGAGGGGAAGAAGUACGGAAUAGUUCUCGAUGCUGGAUCCUCACGGACUACGGUCUAUGUCUAUGAAUGGCCAGCAGAAAAAGAAAACAACACGGGAGUCGUGAGCCAAACCUUCAAGUGCAACGUGAAAGGCCCUGGUAUAUCCAGCUAUGAGAAUAACCCAGGAGCCCUUGCCAAACCCCUUGAUGACUGUCUGAAAAAAGUCAAGGAGCGAAUCCCCGUUCAUCUGCAUAAAACCACUUCUGUUUAUCUGGGGGCUACAGCUGGCAUGAGACUGCUGAGGUUGCAAAACGAAACAGCAGCCAAUGAAGUCCUUGCGAGCAUUCAGCACUACUUCAGAGCACAACCUUUCGAAUUUAGGGGCGCGCAAAUCAUAACUGGAACAGAGGAAGGGGUGUACGGAUGGAUAACAGCCAACUAUUUAAUGGGCAAUUUCUUGGAGAGAAACCUUUGGAGGACAUGGGUCCAUCCAUACAGAAAGGAGACCAUGGGUGCCCUGGACCUUGGAGGAGCUUCCACCCAAAUUUCAUUUAUCCCGGAGGUCUCUCAGGAGAACUUCAAUAGCACCUUGCAAGUGAAGUUGUAUGGUUACAACUACAAUGUCUACACUCACAGCUUCCAGUGCUACGGGAGGGAUGAAGCAGAGAAAAGGCUUUUAGCAUUGUUGCUCCAGAAAUCAAGCACCAGCUCCAGCGUGGAUAAUCCGUGUUACCCUCGGAAUUACAACACUGCAUUAACGGUGAAGUACUUUUGUGGCAGCCUCUGCACGCAGUCCCUGAGACCAGCAAAUUAUUACCCAAACCAGUCUGUGAGCUUCCGUGGAACUGGAGACCCAGGUCUGUGCCAGGAGAUGGUUUCGUUACUGUUCAACCUCACUGCUUGCAAGAACCAAGAAGACUGUCCAUUUGAUAGAGUCCAUCAGCCAAAAGUUAAAGGGAAUUUUGUGGCUUUCUCAGGAUUCUACUACACAAUUAAUGCUUUGAAUUUAUCCGAUCAUUUUUCUCUAGCUGACUUCAAUACAAGUAUGUGGUAUUUCUGUUCACAGAACUGGACCCAGCUCCAAUUCAUGCUUCCUAAAUUUGAAGAAACAUAUGCUAGAUCCUACUGUUUUUCAGCCAAUUUCAUUUACUACUUGCUCAUACAUGGCUACAACUUUGAUGAAGGAAAUUGGGCACAGAUACAUUUUCAAAAGGAGGUUGGUAACAGCAGCAUAACCUGGUCACUCGGCUACAUGCUGAGCCUCACAAACAUGAUUCCAGCAGAAAGCAAGAUGAUCCAGCUACCUCUGAAACCUCCUUUGUUUGCUGGGCUCCUCAUCCUCCUCACAGCUACGGCACUGUUGUGUCUUCUCUUCCUUGUUUACGUGUGUAUCGUGUCACGUAAUCGGAAGGACAUCAGUCGUGUGGAAUACGUGUUUACUCCAGAAUGAGUGAACUUGACUGCAGGCUGAAAGAAGAAUCUUCCGUGCCGUGAAGUUCUGUAGGACUUUGUUGUUGAAGAACCCAGGGAGAGGUUAAGACAGGCAACAAGCCCUGAAAAGACCAGAGGCGUAAAUAAAGGAGACAAAAGGCACUCAGGAAUCUGUGAUAUGGCGAACUGGAGUGCUUUUGAAAUGUUUUGGCAGUUGUUUCUGUAAAACUAGUUUGUCCAGUGCGAGGCAGAUAAAGCAAGGGCAGCUAUGCCACUUUGCUUGUUGAGGUUUAAAUAGCCUCUUCUUGUCAGGUCUGUCUGAAUUUUUGUCCAUUAACUCUGUGCUAACAGGUAAAAUCAGACGGGGAUGUAUUGGAUCAACGAUGGCAGUUGUUUAAGAUAAAACUGAAGAGUGAGCCAGUGAAAACUGUGGGAGAAGAGAAUGUAGUGGCUGUUCUUGUGUAGUGCUGACACAAAUCCCCCGAACAAUCCAGCUUCUGAAACUGGAACAAAGGCUGGGUAAUCACAGACCGAGGGGAACAGCACAGCUGGGACAGAGUUGUUUUUAUUGCUAUUCCAAACCGAUUGAGCCCUGCCACAUGAAGGUGUAGUAAAUUGCCAACAUCUGCCAAGUCCAUGUUAAAGCUGAGCUAUAUUUUUGGUACCACUGAGACCUCAGAAUGCCUCUGUUACUGCACUUAAGGUUUGCUUUGAAGGUGGAACAAAAUCUUUUCAGGCUUCAGUAAUGAAACCUAAUUUAAAUGCAUCACAGUUACCUCCAGAAACCUGGAGUGUUUUUAGUGUCUUUUUUUCUCUAAUAUCCUCAACAGAAACAUUUCUUGUAGUUCCUCCUGCUGCCUUGUAUUUCCCGUGUCCUGUGCUCUCAGUUGCAGUCUGUACCAGCUUGUCACGUACGUAUCAUUUUGUCUGCCUUGGAUCUUCUGAAGCAUUAGCAUGAGUACGCCAAAAUUUAAGCCCUUCAUUCCCGGCCAAGAGGAUUGGGAGCCAAGCUGUAGGCCAGCAGAGCUCCCUUUGUGUAGCGGGUUCAGGAACGUGUAGCUGCAGUCCCAGCUGCUGCCCUCCGCCGUAGUGCCUUCACCAGCCCUUCCAUGCUGUUUCCACCACAAUUUUGCCUGCUGGUCCUUCACGGGCAGUGCCUCUUUCCUCUCUCUGACUUUUGUGUAGCUUUGGCUUCUGAACAAAGCCUCAGAAAUGACUCCUGUGUCAUCUGCCAUCUCUUCCACUGGCACAAUGUUUUUAUUCUGUUUUUAUUCAUUCCUCUUAACACUGCCUUGACAUCAUCUGUGAAGCUGUGAGGGAGAAACUGUAUCUGAAGGGCUUUGGAGCUGGCAAGGAAGAGGUUGUUGUGCUGUUCAGGACCUGCAGGAAGAGAAAAAGCAUCUCCACUUCUCUUCUGUCCUUCUACAACCUCCUUUUGCCCAGGUUCACUACCUACACGGAGCUGCGUUCACCCACCAUAUUCCCCCAACUAUCCUACAAACAGCCGCUGCCAAACAUUUUGAUACAUUCCUCCUUUUCCUUCCUCUCCAGGAUUGCUCCCCUCUUCGUGUAUUUACCCUUGCAUCUCUGCUUCUCUGAAGGUAUGGCUACCCCUUUCUUGCACUGAAAUUUUCAGCGUGAAGAAGUGUAAACUAAAAGGAGGUUGCUGUACUCAGCAUCUAUUGGUAACUGGCCCACUUACGGGUUGCAGCUUCCACACAGAUUUUUGCAUGUAAGAGAUCUUAUGUGCUGAUGCAUACACUCAAAAUUCAAAUUAACAUCGAAUUAUGAAUUCCAAUGGCAUAUUGGCUGCUUUCUAUCCCGACUUCAAGUAUUUCCAGUGUUGAUUUGGUUGUGAGACGCUCAGAAUUCAGCCUUCUUAUAUGCCCUUACUGUAUCAGUAUGACAGCCACCUGAUUGAGAACUCAGCCUUGUGUCUCCUACCGGUUUUAGCUGGGAAAGCUGACAAGGUUGAACUUCAGCACCACUGUAGCUUGCAGCUUCUUCUCAGCCAGCACCACGAUCAAAAAAAAAAUAAAUAAAAAAUUGCUCAGACACGGCCAGCUUGGCUGUCUUUGGCUGUGGUGGCUACGUCUGGAGGAGUGGCGGAGCAGUGGGGCUGGUCACCCUACCUAAAUCCGCCCCGAGCACGAGUCAGAACCCGAUCAUGGGGUGUAACACCCGGUCACCUGGAAGUGAACAGGUGCCGUGGGGAGCCAGUGAAGUGAACAGUGUUUACAAGCAUGUACAAACUCCAGCUCGUGUAUCUUUUGUACUCUUUACUGCUUGCUUACAAAGGUUAAUAAAAUUAAAUGGUGAAAAGCUAA